AUGUAUUUGCGCGAUAAAACACACUUCGUUCUUGAAGAAGUUCAGGAAAAGUUAUCAGCAUUAGGAAACGUGGUUGUAUGUAAUGAUCAGGUUGCCCUGGUGCAUCCAGAAUUGGACAAGGAAAGCGAAGAAAUUAUCGAAGAUACGUUACAAGUUGAAGUUUUUCGUCAUGUGAUAGCUAAUAAUCCUCUCGUUGGUUCAUACUGUGUUUUGAAUAAUAAUGGAGGGUUAGUGCACGUCGAUAUCAGUCAAACUGAUUUGGAAGAUUUAUCGUCACUACCAGGGUUACCUCUAAUCCCUGGAACGGUCAAUUAUGGUAACAAAGGCGUAGCAGCAGGGAUAGCGGCAAAUGAUACUAUUGCAUAUGCAGGAAUCAAAACAACAUCAAGAGAAUUUUUGGCUAUCGAAAAGGCGUUCAGGUUACCAGGACGCUGUUAAUGAAGAGACUACAAUAUAU